AUACAGUUUUCUCAACUGCAAAAUUACCAAUCACAUCCUUUGAGGCUGUGAGAUACCAACAUCCUUCAAUGCAAAAUUCUGGGACUUUCUAGUCAUUUUCCACACCCACAGCUCAACAUCCUAGGAUUCUAGAUUCAUAAUUCCGUUAUAAACAGAAAGUUGUGCUGACUGAAGCAACCAUCGCAUUACAUUAUUAGCAAAUCAAAUUUGCUAAUCAGGGCCAACUCGAUUCCCUUCAUUCCUAUAUAAAUGCGCUCGUGCGCGUGAUUAUAUGGUCAUGUGGCCUUGAACGAGUAGAUUUGUUAGAUUGUUGGCCAUAUGUCUUUUGAGAAGCAAAAGAUGACCCAGACCCAAAACCUGUCACAGGAGGAAGCAGCCCGGCAGAAGCAGAUCGACAAUUGGCUUCCCAUCACUUCCUCUAGGAACGCCAAAUGGUGGUACUCGGCUUUCCACAAUGUCACCGCCAUGGUUGGAGCGGGUGUGCUCAGCCUGCCCUCUGCCAUGGCACAUCUUGGAUGGGGUCCUGGAAUCACCGUCCUUAUUUUGUCAUGGGUAAUCACCUUGUACACUCUAUGGCAAAUGGUUGAGAUGCACGAAAUGGUGCCAGGGAAGCGGUUUGAUAGGUACCAUGAGCUUGGUCAGUAUGCAUUUGGUGAGAAACUCGGGCUUUGGAUUGUGGUGCCCCAGCAGGUAGUUGUUGAAGUUGGUGUGGACAUUGUGUAUAUGGUCACGGGAGGGAAAUCACUGAAGAAAUUCCAUGACACUGUUUGCCCAGAUUGCAAGAGCAUUAAGACCUCUUACUUCAUCAUGAUUUUCGGUUCCGUGCACUUUGUUCUCUCUCAUCUCCCCAACUUCAACUCUAUUGCUGUUGUGUCACUAGCCGCGGCGGUCAUGUCGUUGAGUUACUCAACCAUUGCUUGGGCAGCUUCUGCUGGGAAGGGGGUUCAACCGGAUGUGGACUAUAGUUACACAGCUAAAAACGCAUCUGCAGUUACCUUUGACUUCUUCAGCGCAUUAGGUGAUGUAGCAUUUGCCUAUGCUGGUCACAAUGUGGUCUUGGAGAUCCAAGCAACAAUCCCUUCUACUCCAGAGAAACCUUCCAAGGGGCCCAUGUGGAAGGGAGUGGUAGUUGCAUACAUCGUUGUGGCCAUAUGCUACUUCCCAGUUGCUUUCAUCGGAUACUGGGUGUUUGGAAACAAGGUCGAAGACAACAUCCUCAUCUCACUGGAGAAACCCGGCUGGCUCAUUGCAAUGGCUAACAUGUUUGUUGUUGUCCAUGUCAUUGGAAGCUACCAGAUAUAUGCUAUGCCAGUGUUUGACAUGCUGGAAACUUUGUUGGUGAAGAGAUUGAACUUCCGACCUUCUUUCAUCCUCCGCUUUGUUACUCGCACUUUAUAUGUCGGGUUUACAAUGAUAGUUGGUAUAGCAGUCCCUUUCUUCGGUGGCCUCCUUGGCUUCUUUGGCGGAUUUGCUUUUGCCCCAACAACAUACUUUCUUCCCUGCAUCAUGUGGCUCAUCAUCUAUAAACCCAAGAGGUUCAGCUUAUCUUGGAUCACAAAUUGGAUAUGCAUUGUGCUUGGUCUUUUGUUGAUGGUUCUAUCACCCAUUGGCGGGCUAAGAUCGAUCAUCCUUUCAGCCAAGAACUACCAGUUCUUCUCAUGAACUACUAUAACAGGCAUUGGCAUCGUCUUUAGUUCAGAACCAGAUGAUAAUGACGAAAACUUUUGCCCCCGACGAGUAUUCAACCUUAAUUUGGUGGAAGUUAUCUGCAUUUGCUAGAGCCUGUCUGUAGAUACGGUCUCAUCUUAGGAUUCUCUGUUUCUGCUCUUUUAUUUGUUCAGAAUGUUUAUGUCUCUAGACACAUCUCAGCAUUGUUGUGAUCAUUUGCUGAGCUAUCUAUAUUGGUAGGAUAUGUUAUUUUAAACUGAAAUGUCUUCAAUGGUGUAAUGGAUUAUAAUGAUAUUGCCAUUGUUCUCUUGAAGAUUUCUCAAUAUUGAUGUGUAU